CCUUCGCAACCGGAAAAAAGGCAUCGGAGCCGGAAGUCGCGGUUCGCAGCCGGAAGUCGGGCUCCGAAAGUGGCGGCCUGAGUUCCGCGGCCGUUGUAGCGGUUGCGGCGGCUCUGCGCCCAGGAUCCGGAUGGAGGCGGCACGGGAUCCCGGCCCGGGACUGUGUUGCAAGCCUGGCGGGCGUCUGGACAUGAGCCACGGCUUCGUACACCACAUCCGCCGGAACCAGAUCGCUCGGGACGACUACGACAAGAAGGUGAAGCAGGCGGCCAAGGAGAAGGCGAGGAGGCGCCAUACGCCCGCGCCCACGCGGCCCCGCAAGCCUGACCUACAGGUGUACCUGCCCCGCCACCGAGAUGGUUCUACCCACCCAGUGAACCCAGACUGUGAGGAAUCUGGUGAGAGCAGCAGUAGUGGAAGCUCUGAGCUGGAGCCUCCUGGCCGUCAGCUCUUCUGUUUAGAAUAUGAGGCGGACAGUGGCGAGAUCACAACAGUUACUGUACAUCAGGAUGAUGAUCCCAGAAGGGUGAGUGAGGAAGUCUCAGCACACACACCUCUGGAUCCCGCCAUGCGAGAGGCCCUCAGAUUGCGCAUCCAGGAGGAGCUUGCAAAGCGCCAGAGCCGACACUGACCGGGCUGAAGGUGGUCAGGCAGGAUCCACUGCACUUGGCCGAAUUUUGCCCAGGGAGCUCACCUCUAGUUUUGGGGGUGCCAGGACCAGUCUAAACGAACUUCAGGGAUCCCUGUUCUUCCCUCCCUCCCGGCAGCUGUUCUUUCCAUUUGUGUAACCUGACAUUCUGGACUUUUAUGACAGCUUUGACUAACUUGGUGUUUGGGAGUAGAGACUUCAGGGGGAGCCAGGGUCAUGAAGCCUUUGCCCC